AUGGUGGGAGCCAGUUGGAAGGAUAUAUGGAAUCGCGGGGUGUCCCCACGUGGCUUGAAUAUCCUGAGAAUGGUACAAGGUGCACAAGAAGCAGCCGUCACUGUGUUCAAGUGGCUUGUAGGGCCCCUGGGGCCUGGAGGCUGUGGGUCACCCGGUGGAAGUGAAUCCUCAUGGGAUAAAGAUAAAAUGCAAUCUCCUCUUGCUGUUCCUGGACCUCAACAUGGAAUUACUCAUGCAACACUCGCUACCCAGCCAGGGCUUGGGGGAGCUCCUACCCUUAAUCCACUGCAGCAAAACCACCUGCUAACCAGUCGACUGGAUCUGCCAUUUAUGAUGAUGCCUCAUCCCCUACUUCCAGUCAGUUUACCUCCUGCAUCAGUUGCCAUGGCAAUGAAUCAGAUGAACCAUCUCAAUACCAUUGCCAACAUGGCUGCUGCAGCCCAGAUUCACAGUCCACUCUCCAGAGCUGGUGCCUCUGUUAUAAAGGAACGGAUCCCAGAGAGUCCUUCUCCUGUUCCCUCUCUGGAAGAAAGUCAUCGCCCUGGGAGCCAGACCUCCUCUCACCCCAGUAGCAGUGUAUCCAGCUCUCCCUCUCAGAUGGAACAUCAUUCGGAGAAAAUGGUUAUGAUGCCCAAAAACAGAAAGGAAGUUAUCGUUGAUCAGGAUUGUAGACCAACCAUCAAAAAGUUCCAAAGAGAUAAUAAAG